CAAAGCGCUCACGUUCCCCGACGCCGCACGGACAAAAAACACCUCCAACUCCACUUCAAUGUAAAAGCCCCCCGCGCUAUUAAGCGAACAAAAGACGUCUCGCGUGCAUGUGUGUUUUGUUUUAUUUCUUUUUCCCGCCCCCCCUCUUCUCCUUCUUGUUGUCAUUAUAACGGAAUAACGCGACACAGGAGAGCUCCCUAUCGAUAAGUGUUAUGAGGCGACCAUGAGUAGCGCAGAAGACAGCGGGAGCAAGGGCUCGACGGGGCCCAUUUCCAGCUUCACCAUCCGAUCCAUCCUGGGCACGCCGCCGUCCGAGGCGCCCCCGACCCCAACCGCGGCCCCGCACCCUCACCCUCACCCGCCGCCACCUUCGCUGCUGCUACCGCCGCGCUCCGGUAGCAAGGAACUCGCCAAGGGACUAGUGGCGACGCGGAGGAGGACGCUGUCCGUGUCCUCCGAGGAGGAGUGCAGCGGCGGCGAAGACGCGGCGGACUGCUUCUGCUCCGAGCCGGCCCGCCGACACGCGCGCGGACAGCACCGGCAGCAUAACGCCUUCUCGUGCUUAGGUCCCGCCAAGGGGCUCCUGUCUGUCAACGAGGGUCUGGCGAGGAGGCCGCCCCUCCUGCACGACUACAACAAGGAGGAGGAGCAGGAGCGAGCCUUGCUGUCCCCCUUGUCGGAGGAGCGGCAGUCGGACGGGGCCGACAAGCACCCGCAGGGCUCCUCGGCCAAGAAGAAGACGCGCACCGUGUUCUCUCGCAGCCAGGUGUACCAGCUGGAGUCCACGUUCGACAUGAAGCGCUACCUGAGCAGCUCGGAGCGCGCCUGCCUGGCGUCCAGCCUGCAGCUGACAGAAACGCAGGUCAAGACGUGGUUUCAGAACCGCAGGAACAAAUGGAAGCGGCAGCUCUCGGUCGAGCUGGAGGCGGCCAACAUGGCGCACGCGUCGGCGCAGACUCUCGUGGGCAUGCCGCUGGUUUUCCGGGAGAACUCCUUGCUGCGCGUCCCCGUACCACGUUCCAUCGCCUUCCCCACGCCACUCUACUACCCCGGGAGCAACCUGCCCGCCCUGCCUUUAUACAACCUGUACAAUAAGGUUGACUAUUGAUACGGACGCACACCUUCUGGUUCCGAUAGCCCUGCAGGGGUGUCCAAACUUUUCCGUCCGAGGCCCACUUUGACAUUAAUUUAUUAAACACAUUAAAGCCAACCCAUCGAGAGAUUAGAUAUUGUUUAUAUACUGUAUUAUGGUUGUUUCUGAAAAAAUGCCACAAUUUCUGUUAAAUGUGAUGAGGCCAUUUUUUGGGGGGGGCUUGAACGGAUUAAUGGCAUUUUCAUUCAUUUCAAUGGGGGAGUA